UGCUGCCUCGCGCCUCCACGUCGCUUCCGCCCUGCCUCCCAUUCUCCCGCUUGUUAUUCUGCCCGCUUUCUCCUCCGUCCGGGUGUCACGAUGUCCACGUGAGGUGCGCGGCUCCGACUUGUGCCAGAUUAAAGACAAAAGCGGGGGCACAUGCUCGAUGAGGAGGUGAAGGAGAAGAAGAAGAAGAAGAAGAAGAAGAAGAAAAGGAGGAGGAGGCUGCUUAAACGCGCUCACAGGCUGCCGCUGUUGUUUUUCCCCUGUGAGUGCCUUCGUCCUGAGCAGAGCAACAGCAUGGAUCUCUCCUUCAUGGCCGCGCAGAUCCCAGUUUUGACGGGAGCCUUCAUGGACUCGUCGCCGAACGACGACUACAGCGGCGAGCACUCGCUCUUCAACUCGUCGGCCAGCGUCCACGCCGCCGCCUCUGCCGCCUCUGCCGCCUCUGUGCAAGGCCAGCAGGACGAGUCGCAGUCCAUGUCCAGUGACGCCAUCUGGCUUUGGAUCGCCAUCGUCGCCACCAUUGGGAACAUCGUGGUGGUAGGCGUGGUCUAUGCCUGCACUUUCUGAUGCGUCGCAUGCGCAAAGACCCAAUUCUUUGGGAACAUGCCUGGUUUUCCUGAGGGUCAGAGCGAAAGACUCGUUUCGUUGGACUCUACGAUUCUCUUGGAAACGGGACACCGAGAAUCACUGGAACUUUAAUUCCUGCUAAGUUCGUUUCCAUGUCUCCCCUUAGAACAGAAGAGUUGCCAUGCGGAGAUGUGAGAUGCGAAUGGAUGUUAAAUGGGGCUUGAGAUUCGGGUUGAUCCGGGGCCAUCGUGAGCUUCCGCUGCCGCAAAGUAAUUUAGGACAGCACGGUUUAAUUAUACCCCUGAACAUGGAUGGUGAAUCUUAAAAAAUUCAGAAGGCACUGGGAUUAUUUUGAUCUAAGGCGGCCCUGAGGCCCAACGCCAUUAGGGCUCAUGUAAGGAUACUUUGUGGACAUACAAAAAGUGAACAUUUCAACAUGGCUCAACUCCACUUACCGCACACUGAAAAUCACACGACCAUCACAUUAUCAAAGCCCAUAUUUAACGAUGCAAUAAUUUAAUUAGCCCGACAACUUCCUCUUAUCCACACUGCUGAACAUUUUUAACCAGACGUUAUCUUCCACAGCUUUUGGUCGGGGGUAGGGGGGUUGGACCUACAGUACUGGACCUUCUCCCAGUUUUCGCAGCAAGCUGACAGGCUGCUUGCCGUGACUUUGAGGUGUUCAUUAGGACCAGCAAGUUAUGAUUUACCUCCUAAAAACCUGCUAUUAUUGUCAUGAAGUGAUUAUGUUAUCCAGUGGCCACAACAUUGAUUAGAGAGGAAUCAAUUUAACGACGUGUGGUUUUGCAGGGGUGUAGAACCUACUGCCUUUCGCUACAUAAUGUCAAGAAAAUAUGAGAAACAACCUAAAACCUACAAUGAACAUAUUGUUUAACAAAUAUACUUACAGUAUGACAGGGUCAAUCAACACUGAGCAUUGUCAUAUUUGAUACAGUUGGAUGUAUUGGAUCUCAUUAGAAUGUACACUAUAUUGCCAAAAGUAUUUGGCCACCUGCCUUGACUCACAUAUGAACUUGAAGUGCCAUCCCAUUCCUAACCCAUAGGGUUCAAUAUGAUGUCGGUCCACCUUUUGCAGCUAUUACAGCUUCAGCUCUUCUGGGAAGGCUGUCCACAAGGUUGCGGAGUGUGCUUAUAGGAAUUUUCCACCAUUCUUCCAAAAGCGCAUUAGAGGUCAAAGGCCUGGCUCUCAGUCUCCGUUCUAAUUCAUCCCAAAGGUGUUCUAUGGGGGACAGGUCAGGACUCUGUGCAGGCCAGUCAAGUUCCUCCACACCAUGACUCUGUCAUCCAUGUCUUUAUGGACCUUGCUUUGUGCACUGGUGCACAGUCAUGUUGGAAGAGGAAGGGGCCCGCUCCAAACUGGGAGCAUGGAAUUGUCCAAAAUGUUUUGGUAUCUUGGAGCAUUCAAAGUUCCUUUCACUGGAACUAAGGGGCCAAGCCCAACUCCUGAAAAACAACCCCACACCAUAAUUCCUCUUCCACCAAAUUUCACAUUCGGCACAAUGCAGUCCGAAAUGUAGCGUUCUCCUGGCAACCUCCAAACCCAGACUGGUCCAUCAGAUUGCCAGAUGGAAAAGUGUGAUUCAUCACUCCAGAAAAGGCGUCUCCACUGCUCUAGAGUCCAGUGGCGACGUGCUUUACACCACUGCAUCCCACGCUUUGCAUUGGACUUGGUGAUGUAUGGCUUAGAUGCAGCCGCUCCACCAUGGAAAACCCUUUCCAUGAAGCUCUCUGCGUACUGCACGUGGGCUAAUUGGAAGGUCACAUGAAGUUUGGAGCUCUGUAGCAACUGACUGUGCAGAAAGUCUUUGCACUAUGCGCUUCAGCAUCCGCUGACCCCUCUCUGUCAGUUUACGUGGCCUACCACUUGGUGGCUGAGUUGCUGUUGUUCCCAAACUCUUCCAUUUUCUUAUAAUAAAGCCGACAGUGGACUUUGGAAUAUUUAGGAGCGAGGACAUUUCAGGACUGGAUUUGUUGCACAGGUGGCAUCCUAUGACAGUUCCACGCUGGAAAUCACUGAGAGCGGCCCAUUCUUUCACAAAUGUUUGUAGAAACAGUCUCCAUGCCUAAAUGCUUGAUUUUAUACAGGUGAUUAGGUCACCUAAUUCUGAUAAUUUGGAUGGGUGGCCAAAUACUUUUGGCAAUACAGUGUACCUAAUGUGGUCAGGAAAAAGGAGGUAUGUGCAUUUGACUAUAUCUCCAGCGACUAUCAAUCGAUUUUUAUUUUCAAGUUUUAAAUGAAAGAAAAUAGAUUUUUCCAUAACGACUCCUUUUGGACAAAUUAUUAUAACAAAUAGCAUAGCUGACAUAAUCUUCCUCUUUAGUUCACAAACUAGUUUAAAUCAGAGUCGUGUAUAAAGAGAGUACGGCCAACCCGAAUUCAGGCGAUCUUUCUCAAUGAUCGGUCGAAAGGCACUCACGUGACUACAGGGCGCCAUGUUUGCUACCAACUUUGAGCUGAUGCUAUGCGUUUGUAGCACUUCCUUGUUAGUUCUUCGAGGUGUAAAAAUGAGGCUGCUCCGCCCGUGUGAAAGCUUUUACAUCGCAUGCCCCACAGCCCGGAAAGUAGACAAGUAUGUGAAGUGAAGGUUCGUGAGGUAACCACAUGACACAAUAUCUGCGUUUUGUUCAGGAGAGAACACACAGAAGCAAAUACAAAUAAUAAUAACAUAAGAAAUCAAUACAUUUAAGAGAUGGUUUGACAAAAACAGACUAUCCUCGAAUCUCAGUUAACCUAAAAUAAUGCAAUUCUGGAACAGCAGAAGAGAAAGUCAAAGACAAACAGACGAACAUUGAAUGAGUAAAAUAAACCAAAUUUUGGGUGUAAUAAUAAAUGAGAAAGUGAACUAAAAAUCUCAUAAAAUAUAUGUAAGCUUUGCGUACUCACAGACUCACGGACGUAUGUUUGUCCAGACUUUUCAGUCUCACUAGUCCUCCUCCUCCUCCUCCUGCACCCGGCCGCUCACUGUUAAAGACAACAGAAGAUUAGAUUAACACGUACCACCUGCGCAAUCUAAUCAUCAACCAGCUGUGUCUUGCCGUCAGCACAUGCCACGCCCCCGUCUGAUGGCGCUCUGUUUUCAGCACCAUGGACAGAGGCGGUGACCUUUUACUCCUACAAGCGCGCUGAUCACGCUCCCUUUCCACAAUAUACAACAUAAAGUGGCAAGAAAUAUGUCAAUAAUAAAUAAAUCAAAAUAUGUUCUGGACCAAAAAAAUCACUCCAUAUUCUCUACUGCUUGCCAGUGUGACCAUAUCUGAGUUGUUGUGCAGAGAUAUGGGGAAAUACGUACAAAAUUACACCUGUACGCUUACUAUGUUACCCCGACUUAAACAAGUUGAAAAACUUAUUCGGGUGUUACCAUUUAGUGGUCAAUUGUACGGAAUAUGUACUGUACUGUGCAAUCUACUAAAAAAAGUCCCAAUCAAAACAAAUAUCAUUGAAAAUAACACAUAAUGAGUGACACAUAUACUGAUUACAAACACUAUAGAGCAGGGGUGUCCAAAGUGCGGCCCGGGGGCCAUUUGCGGCCCCCAGGUCAUUUUUUAACGGCCCCACGGCACAUUUUAAAAAUAUGAUUGAAAAAAAAGAGCAAACAGGUGAAAUGUAACAAGAAAAUGUAGCAAUGUUUACUCUAAUCACACAAAGCUGCCAUGUAGUCGGUUUCUUUCUUUAAAAAAUAAUAAUGAAUCAAAAUCAAUGUCGUUAUGAAUUAUUGACCUAUUCAAGGCUCCAAUUACGUCACAUUAAAUAUUUUGAGAUAUUUUGGGGGGAAAAUGUUGCAUGUUUUGUGUUUGCCAUGUAAAAAAACGAGCUGUUUUUUUAAGGAAGGGCCUAAAACGAACAAACAAAAAACAUAAACAAUAAAACUUAUAAUUGACAGAUAGAUCUGAAGUUGAAUUUGAGAUUAUUGUGUUAAAAGUAAACAGUAAAAAAAAAAAAAUUAUAAUUUAUUUUUUAACCCUUUUGGAUCCCCUACAAUUUUAGUGUGAUUAGUUUUUAAGUGUCAUUGCUCAAAAAAUAAUAAUGAAUUAAAAUCAAUGGUGUUAUGAGUUAUUGACCUUUUUAAGGCUCCAAUUAUUAUAUAAUCUCAAAUAUCCCACUUAAAAAUUUUAUUGGGUGAAAAUAUUGCAUAUUUUGUGUUUUUUUCAUUUAAAAAAAAGGGUUUUCUUUGACAAAAAGAGCAUACAAUUUAAAUCUUUAAAAAAUGUUAUAUUGACAGAUAGACCUAAUGUUGAUCUAGAGAUUUAAAAAUUUGAAUAAUAACACAAAUAAUAAUACUGAAUAAUGACACAUUUUUUAUAUUUUUUGGACCAAAACCCUUUGGGGUCCCCGGGAUCAAGCCUGAGUGGAAGCCUAAAUGUAUAUUUUUUAUACAUAUAUUGUAUUGGUUUUUAAAAUAAAAAAUAUCAAAAUGGCCCCUGCUAGCUUUGAUUUUUCAGUGUGCGGCCCUCAGUGGAAAAAGUUUGGACACCCCUGCAUUAGAGGCAGCCACCACACUUGACAUACUUCACACAAAAGUCGUAAUUUCUCUGUGAUUGUUCGUCCAAAGCUAAUAUAUAUAUAUAUAUUGGAAAAAUUAGGGUUAUAAAUUAUUUUUUGGGUCAAUCUGUGUAUUUAUUUUUUUUUUCUUACGUUUAUUGCGCCGUCGGGUGCGUGUUAGAGUGCUUGCUGGUCACGAAAUAAAAGCAGGAAUGUAACACCGUAGUGCGUCAAAUACGGCCGCAAAAAUAUACUUUCACGAAAUGAAAGCGUGUUUUAUUGAAUGUUUAUGAGCUGGACUAUGUUUAGAAUGAUAUACACCGUAUUUUACGGAGUAUAAGUCGCUCCGGAGUAUAAGUCGCACCGGCCGAAAAUGCAAGUCGGAUUUUUUGGGGAAAUGUAUUUGAUAAAACCCAACACCAAGAAUAGACAUUUGAAAGGCAAUUCAUGUUAACGUAACAUAUUAUGGUAAGAGUCAUUCAAAUAACUAUAACAUAUAGAACAUGCUAUGUUUACCAAACAAUCUGUCACUCCUAAUCGCUAAAUCCCAUGAAAUCUUAUACGUCUAGUCUCUUACGUGAAUGAGCUAAAUAAUAUUAUUUGAUAUUUUACGGCAGGGGUCACCAACGCGGUGCCCGCGGGCACCAGGUAGCCCGUAAGGACCAGAUGAGUAGCCCGCUGGCCUGUUCUAAAAAUAGCUCAAAUAGCUGCACUUACCAGUGGGCUGCCUCUAUUUUUUUAAUUUUAUUUAUUUACUAGCAAGCUGGUCUCGCUGUGCUCGACAUUUUUAAUUCUAAAAGAGACAAAACUCAAAUAGAAUUUUAAAGACUUGGUCCUCACUUGUUUAACUAAAUUCAUUAUUUUUUUUACUUUGCUUCUUAUAACUUUCAGAAAGACAAUUUUAGAGAAAAAAUACAACCUUAAAAAUUAUUUUAGGAUUUUUAAACACAUAUACCUUUUUACCUUUUAAAUUUCUUCCUCUUAUUUCCUGACAAUUUAAAUUAAUGUUCAAGUAAAAAAAAAUUUUUUAUUGUAAAGAAUAAUAAAUACAUUUUAAUUUAAUUAUUCAUUUUAGCUUCUGUUUUUUCGACGAAGAAUAUUUGUGAAAUAUUUCUUCAAACUUAUCAUGAUUAAAAAAAAAUUAAAAAUUAUUCCGGCAAAUCUAGAAAAUCUGUAGAAUCAAAUUCAAAUCUUUUUUCAAAGUCUUUUGAAUUUCUUUUAAAAUUUUUGUUCUGGAAAAUCUAGAAGAAAUAAUGAUUUGUCUUUGUUAGAAAUAUAGCU